UUCUGUUGAAGAGUGUCUGAGCUUCUGCUGGCCUGUCUGUGGACUUUGGCUUUCUCCCAGCUUCUGAAACUUCUCUCCUGUUUGAGGAGUAAUGUACUUGUGUUACCAGGGAAGGUCAUCUGGGUGGGCAUGGGAAUAUGUCCUGUGUCUAAGUACCCUACACUGUCUUUUGUAGUUAGUGGAGAGAAACACAAUUUUGGAUGAACCUCAUUGUGCUGAUUGUAAACAAGAUAGGGAAAUAGGUUGUGACAAGAUUUCACCUCUAUCCCCUCAUGAAAUUGUGGCUUUCUUUUCUGCAACAAUGCAGAGAGCCAUACAGCUGCGUCCUUAAAACUUCCCAAGGCAGGCAGUGCAGGCCUCCUCAUAUAAGGUGCAGAGCUUCCACAGCAGCUCCUCGAGGUCUGUCUUUAUUGCUGGAAUAAUGUACUUAUGAAAAUGUUGUUUAUGCCCUGGUCUGGUAUUUGGGAAAUCUUACAGAGAUUGCACUCAAUUAGCAGGCACAGCUCUAGGCCAAGGAUGGGCAAACUUGUCUUAACUUCCUAAUAAGUUUAGCUAUUUUCCUCUCAAAUAAAGUAACUAAGUGACCAUACAGUUUUUGUUUUUCAGUUUCUUUGAUUUUCUGUAACUUUACAAUGGAGCUUCCACCUCACCACCUGCUUCUUUCUUUUUACCUUAAGAAUUCCAGAGGCUCUGAGGAAUCUCUCAUUCUGGUUACGUUUCACCAUAACACCUACUUCCUUCUGACUGUUGAUAUCAUCUUCUGUUCUUUGCUCCUGUUAUCAAAGCUUUCUAGAAAUUGUAGCUUUUAAAUAAGGUCAAUUUUUUACCAAUUCCCCUUGUCUACUUUUUCUUACCGAUGUGGAUAGAAGUUUUCAGUUGCCAAAUGCGCCUAGCAGUCAGACUGAUUCCUUUCUCGUUAUCAAACAAAAAAAUGUCACCUGCUGAUAUGUGGUUACUGUGCCACUUUGACUGCUUACCAGAAAGACCACUGUGUCAACAAGCCAUUACCACAGCCUAUGAAUGUACAAUGUUGCCUUUAUUUUAUACUGUAUGCUUAAUAGUGUUUUUUUUCCCAUCUUGAUGCAUCUUUUUCUUUUUGUCUCGUCUUAGGUCAUUCCUUUAAAACAAGACAAUGGAUUGGGGAGCUCUGCAGACCAUCUUAGGAGGUGUAAAUAAACACUCCACCAGUAUUGGGAAGAUAUGGCUCACAGUCCUGUUCAUCUUCCGUAUCAUGAUCCUGGUUGUGGCUGCAGAGAGAGUCUGGGGAGAUGAACAAGAUGACUUUAUCUGCAACACUUUGCAACCUGGUUGCAAGAAUGUUUGCUAUGAUCACUUUUUCCCCAUCUCUCACAUCAGACUCUGGGCCCUGCAGCUGAUCUUCGUUUCUACCCCUGCACUGCUGGUGGCCAUGCAUGUGGCUUACAGGAGGCAUGAGAAGAAAAGGCAGUUCAGAAAGGGAGACCAGAAAUGCGAGUAUAAGGACAUUGAAGAAAUCAGAACACAGAAGUUUCGUAUUGAGGGCACCUUGUGGUGGACGUACACUUGCAGCAUCUUCUUCAGAUUGGUCUUUGAAGCAGUCUUCAUGUAUGCAUUCUAUUUCAUGUAUGAUGGGUUCCGAAUGCCUCGCUUAAUGAAAUGUAGUGCCUGGCCCUGCCCCAACACAGUAGACUGCUUUGUUUCUCGACCUACUGAAAAGACAGUGUUCACUAUUUUCAUGAUUGCUGUGUCCAGCAUUUGCAUUCUUUUAAAUGUGGCUGAAUUAUGUUAUUUACUGACAAAAUUUUUUCUCAGAAGGUCUAGAAAAGCUGGAAAUCAGAAACACCACCCCAACCAUGAGAAUAAAGAAGAAACCAAACAAAAUGAAAUGAAUGAGUUAAUAUCUGAUAGCUGCCAGAACACAGUUAUAGGAUUCACAAGUAGCUAAGGUGGUCAGUGCUGGUAUUCGCUCCGAAAAGAGUGAAUGUUCUUUGUCUAAAGGCUGCAAUAAAAUUUAUUAUACUAAACAGCUUAUGUUGGGGGAGAUUUAGAUGUGUAGUGAAAGGUGUCAGUUAUGCACCUGUUGAGGAAAAAAAGGCAGCUUAAACAUUUGAAAGUUAUGAGGAUUAAAUAGGAAAGUGUAUUUUCCUACGGAUAUCCUUACAAGUUGACUAUGACAAAUGCACUAGUGCCUUUGUGCUGGUUCCUUGAAAACGCUACAAACAGCAAUAAGAACAAAAGUCUUUCCAAGCUAGAUGUGCUAAUGUUUCAAACUGUUUUGUAAUAAAGAUAGUUUUUAAUUGUGAACAGAAAAUUAAAGUAUUUUUGUAAAAUCUAAGAUUCCAUGUUACUUAAGGUGUUACAGUAAGCAACUUUGUUUAAGCAGGUAAUUGCAGAUGAAUCCUGCAAUACCAUAUUCAUAGAGAGGAAAUAGCAGUAGGCUACAUCUUUACAGCUUUGCAAGCACUGCUUGAGUCUGGAUGAAUAGCUUGAGGCACCUGCAUCUACACUGCUGGCUAUGGGGCUGUGUGAAAUCCCACCACAGGUAGUGUGGAGAACUGGAGUAGCUAGGUUCUGAGUGCAAUGCUGUGCCUAAAAGCAGCACAGCGAUACAAGUGCAGUCCAAGUAGACCUGCUUUUGAAAACUAGCAGACCAGUAUAAGUAUUCCUGUUAAUCUUUUCAUUGCAUGCUGCCAAUUUUAUAGGAACAUACAUAAUUUUAUGUAAAUACUCCACUUAGCACAUGUUUAUUUCUCUAACGCAUUUGCUGUAUUUGUUUCUUUAUGCUAUAGCACAUCACUGAAACUUUUGCUUUUGUUAGCUAUUUUUUUUCUUUUGUGGUAGACUGGUGCUGUUAUGAAACUAGGGGCUCGUUCUGGAACACAUGGGAAAAUAUCUUAAACACUGGAAAUGGAGAAAGUCUUCUGAAUAAAAGACAAACACUCUAAACUUUG